AUGGCACUAACGACACGGCAGCCCGUGGAUAGUACGGAUGCCUACACGGCUUCCAUAGAAUUGUCAAACUCCUGUCGGGAAUUUUACUACAGUAGGCAAAGAUCGACCGAAGACUUGAAGGACAAGAUCUGCAAUGACAGUGACUUGACAAAGCCUAAAUCAUUUAUGGACGAAGCUAUGGCGACGCUACGAAAAGAAAUGGCGAACCUCAUGGACCAAGACCUGGGUCUAAUGAAGCAGCUCUUAACCAUGAACGAUACCAUUGAAGAAAUCAAAUUUCAGCGUUUCCAUGGUGGAAGCAAAAAUCUAUCGACGAGUUCCUGUGAUGUCACUGGUUCUGACUCCGACCUCCGGUCCUUGCCUUCAAUGUCUUCUCUUCCAUCAGUGGGUUCAAUUCCUUCUAUGUCUUCACUGGUAUCAAUGUCGUCGUUGCCUUCAGUUUUUGAUGAAGAUGACUACCGGUGUAUAGCUGAGGAGGAGCUGGAGGAUGACUGUCUGUGUUCUGAACUGAUAGAGGAAUCUGUUAAUACGAACAUGGUAUCUGGUGACUGGAAAUCCUUCAAUCACAGACGAGAUACACACGGCUCUAUUGACUCUGGUUUCGGUGAUUCUCAAAGUUCGGACUAUAGCACAGAUAGUGAUUCAGAAUGA